AUGCAAACGAUACCCGGAACACCAAACUCUUCAGUAAUUGCUCAGAGUAUGCGUUGGCGACCGCUGGAUACUAUACUACCAUUUUCCGAGACCGUAGAGACCAUCAAGACUAGAGUAUACCAAGAGGGAUGGACACUUCUUUUUCAUCGCUUAUGCAAGCAGACCGGAGAUCUUGCUACGCCCGGGAGUGGUCGUAAAGAUAACCGCAGACCAAAUUUCGCUCUAAAAGCGAAUGCUGACGCCCCUGACACAGCUGCACGGACUCAUAGCUCUGCCACUACAAGGCUUUACAACUCUAAUCAGCUCAUUCCUUUAAAGCUUUCAAAAGCCGCAGCCGCGGGCCCAGACGUCUUGAUGUGA